GGCCCGGAGGUGCUGCCCGCCGGCCGGAGACAGAUACAGCUACGAAGAGGAAGUUUCAUUUCCGAGCAUGUCUUGCUGAGGUAACCUUUGGCGAGCUGAGCAGACGUGAGAAAUGUCUUCUGAUGAUCGCUGGUCUGCGGAGGAAGAGGACAGUCAAGUAUCUAAACUGACACGGAAAGCUAGAGACUCUCCAUUUGUUCCUGUAGGGAUGGCAGGCUUUGUUGCUGUCGUGGGCUAUGGUCUCUACAAGCUAAAACACAGAGGAGAUCAGAAAAUGUCAGUCCAUCUCAUUCACAUGAGAGUCGCAGCACAAGGCUUUGUCGUAGGAGCAAUAACAAUAGGUGUUCUCUUCUCUAUGUAUAAGGAUUAUGUUAAACCUCAGUUCAAGAAUGGGGCGAAAAAGUGAACCAACUUCAUAGGAGCAAGCAGGAGAGGAAAGCACAUGUUCAGUAUUAAUUAUUUAGAAUUUCUAUAUGUAAACAUUGUAAGAAUUUUAAGUAAUAAUCACCAGGACUUCUGUUAGCUCUGCCAUUGAACGGCUGCUCUAUGCUGAAGCCAACUGUUGGGAUCAAUACCUAAACUCACAAUAUCCAUGUCUAUGAUGCUAGAGGCAAUAGACUCAACAUGACUGACAGCACAGUCAGUACCAAUGUUUCAGCAAUCCCUGCCAGCUAGAGUACUGUGCAAGGAGGAGAAUUGUUAUCUGGGGCAGAGGCAGCCAUCUACCUACAUCAAGCUCAGAAUGCUGCAGUGCAUCCUAGUUAGGAAAGAGGGCUACAAUAUGGAAAGAGAGCAUUGCAAGAUUGUUCUUUGGGGUUGGCAGUAGACAGUUAACAGAAGUCCUGAGUAGUCCAAUGUCUUGUACCAUUGCUGGUUGUUUAAAAGUUUUGUGCUAAUAUAUUAUAUUAGCUGUUUAUUUAUGCUAUUUUAUUUAUUAAAGCUUUAUCUAUAGGGUAACCCACUUGGUUACAAUAAAAUACUCA